GGCACAGUAACGUUCUGCCUUUCCCUGACCUCUCUCUCUCUCUCUCUCUGCCCUACGGGCGCAGGCCAUUGUGCAAACUCGUAUGAGGGCUCAGAACCACCCUGCGCCCUUCCUCCUGGAGCUGGAGCUGGGGGGAAAAAUCCCAUCCCUUCAUGGAGAGCUGGUCUGAUGAGGCCAGGGAAGCAAAGACUCAAGUAGCAGCUCCAGUCAUUGCUUUGGAAUCCCUGGUAUGAGACAAGAAGAGAAGGCUUCGGGUACAGUGGGAUUACUGCUGCAUUGUUGUCAUCAUGAAGGCAGCCACAGCCACCAUACUUGUCCUAGCUACCUGCACCCUGCUCUCUUCAGGGAAGAAGUUCAGAUGGUGCACCCUGUCUGACCUGGAGCAGAGGAAGUGUGCUGAGUUAUCUAAAACACUCCUGGCUGUCCUACCUCUGGCUACAAUAAACUCCUUUGCUAGGGUUUCCUGCAUCAGAGCUCAAAAUACUCAUGACUGUAUCGACAAGAUCAGGGUGAAUAAAGCAGAUGCUGUCUCCUUGGAUGCUGGAGAUGUUUAUUCUGCUGUGAAGCUGUACGGUCUAACUGUGGUGGCAAAGGAGAUCUAUGAGGAAGGGAACUGUGUGUUUGCUGUGGCCAUUGCCAGACGAGGAACUUUGAGCAUCCAGAGGCUAAGGGGGGUGCGUAGCUGCCACAAUGGAGCCAGGUGGACGUCAGGCUGGAACAUCCCACUGGGCUUCCUCCUGGCUAGGAAUGAGCUCCUCUGGGAUGAGGAUCAGCCUCUGAGCCAAGUGAUCAGUCAGUAUUUCAAUGCCAGCUGCAUCCCAGGUGUUGGCGUCACCUCCCCUCAGCUCUGUGCUCUCUGUCAAGGACCGAAAUCCUACGUUAGGAACAAGAACCACUUCUGUGACACCAGCAGCAGUGAGCCCUUCUACGACUCUGAGGGAGCCUUCAGGUGCUUGAAGAAUGGAGUAGCAGAUGUUGCUUUCCUAGAUCACUUAACAAUAAUGAAUGGCACAGAUUCAGACCAAGAGGAAUAUGAGCUCUUGUGUCCUGAUGGAUCCACAGCGAAGCUGAGUGCCUAUGGCACCUGUAACCUGGGUCGUGGGCCUGGGCGUGCCAUCAUCAGCCGCCACAACUUCCAGAAGAUCACCAAGAAAUUCCUCACCCUGAUCCAGCAUCUCUUUGGGCAGAAUGGAAAAGAAAGGGCCAAGUUUGAGCUCUUCACUUCAGUGCCAUUCAGGGGGAAGAACCUGCUGUUCCGCGAUGCCACUCAGCACCUGCAGCUGCUCAAGGACAAAGCAGAGAUCUCCCACAUCCUUGGCCUGGACUACGUAGCCCUCUUGAAGGGACUAGGCCAUGAAGGGAGCUCACUGGACAACAGUGUGGUACGCUGGUGCUGCAUCAGCAAUGCUGAGCUCCGCAAGUGUGAAGAGUGGGCCCUGAACAUCAAAUCUGACCCCCUGGUCUGCGUCCAAGCUGCUUCAAUGACCAACUGCAUUGAGUUGAUCAAGAGUAAUGAGGCCGAUGCAGCCACGCUGGAUGCCACGCAUGCCUACAUUGCAGGGAUAUGUGGGCUGGUCUCAGUAGCUGCAGAAUGUUAUGGAGAGGGGUGUGCCCCAGCUGCUGGGAGAACAAAGAAGCCGACCCACCUUGCAGAUAAAGCACUGCCACCUGUCUACACUGUAGCCCUGGCAAAGAAGAAUGCCGGGCAUGUCAAUAUCCAUAACCUGAGGGGACGGCGUUCCUGCCACAGUCACCUGUACAGUCCUGGGGGGUGGCUGCUCCUCUCCAGGUACACAGUGGGGGCUCUGGAGAACAACACUGUGAACUGUGAUAUCAGCUCUGCUUACCAGAGUUACUUUUGGAAGGGUUGUAUGCCAGGAGCAGACAGGAACCUAUGCAAAGUCUGUAUUGGAGAUGGUGAGAUGGAAGGGGCGAAAGUGUCCAGCAGGUGUGCUGCGAAUCAUAACGAACGCUACUAUGGAAACAUAGGUGCGCUCAGGUGUCUAGUCGGCAGUCCCAGUGGAAGGAGCUUUGGGGACGUGGCUUUCCUGGAACAUCAUAACCUGCUCAAGAAUAUUGAGACUCUGCAAAGCUCAGGUUGGGCUAUGGGUUAUACCCUAAAUGACUUUGAGCUGUUGUGUCUGGAUGGAAGGCGUGUCGCAGUCACAGACUGGGCAGACUGUAACCUCGGUCCUGUUCCUCCUAACAUAGUUAUGACUCGACCAGUGACUACCACCAAGAUCUAUGGCUUCCUGAUGAAAUCCCAGGAAACUCUGGAAACAAAUCUGGAUUCUAGGUUCCAUCUGUUUCACUCACAGAAGUAUGGAGAAAGUGAUCUGCUCUUUAAAGAUGCUACUCAGUAUCUUGUUCACACAAGUCACCUGGGCUAUCAGUCAAUUCUUGGAGAGCCCUUCUUUCAGCUGGCAGAAUCUGUGUUUAACUGCACACAUGCAGACAUCUUAGAAUUCUGCAAACAGGAUAUCUGCACAUCUUAGAUAUGCAGACAUAUCUACAGACGCAACACACAGAAGUUCCACAAGACAUCCACCACCGCCACCCAAGUUGAAAUCAAGAGAUGCCAAGAGGAUUUUCACCACUUGAGACUGGCUAUUUUCUGUUUCAUAGAAGCAAGAGAGACCUCAUUUAAAUACAGAAAAAAAAUGAACCUUGCAGUUACCUUGCACCUACUAAUAUAUAUGCUGAUAAUGCUGCUCAAAUGUCACUCCCUUUUCCUAUCCAGAAGCGCUGCCUAUUACCAACGUUCACUCCACUUGGUGUGGAGUAUGGCAUCAUGUAGAGCAGUACAGAUCAGACAGCAAACCUUGGGACUGGGCCAGUGGUAUCAGAAAAGCAGCACCAGCAAUUAAGAUCAAAACUCCUCAGUAUUUCCAGUUUAAACCCCACUCCCCACCCUCACAAUUCAGCAUCUUUAUAAGAAGGACAAAGGCCACGCUGUAGGCCACAUUGGGCCUAGGAAUUAUUCCUCCCUUUACAGACCAUGUACAUAACAGAGGUUAUUGCCUCAUUCCCCUAACACGUUUUCUUUAUACUACAUUUCCAUUUAAAACAACUUGUUAUCUGAGGUAACUGCAACAUUACUUUUAUAUGCAUAGAUCUUGUUAUAGUUAGCCACUACACACGACCUAUAUAUUUACAUCUAGCAUAGACAAGCAAUAAGUGUAUCCAUGUCUGCUAUGAAUAGAGAAGGGUUUAUUUCUCUUCUGUUUGUAUGACCAACCAAGAAUGUGUCCCAAAUGAAUCAAUACUUAUCCCUUAGCAAAUUAACAAUCUAGAAUGAGUAAGUUUCUACCAUCAGAACCAGGUUCCUAUAUUCUUAACAGGAGGUGAGGAUGGUGGGAAGGGAACAACAAUGGAGUUCCCAUUCUUGUCCAAAACAGCAGUACUUAACAAGGUAUUUCUCAUGACUGAGAAUAAUCUAAUUUGUGUUCAUCCAAACCUUAGGGAACCUUCUCACAAUGUAUAUGGUUAAACUGUAUGCUUUUUACAAGAGGAGGUGCUGGAACACAGUGCAAGGUCUCUGAAAAAGAGUGUUGUCUUGCGACACAUUAUAGUUCACAUUAACUUUAAGAACUCAGUUGCAACCUUGUGGAACCAUUGUACAUUACCAGGCAAGAGGUUGAUUCCUGACCCAUUCUCUUCAUUAGUUAGAAUGGGCUGGGAGUGCUGCACAGGCAGCCUCAUUAGCCCAGGGUGCAGAGACCAUCACCAUUCAGCAGGAUAUUAAGAGUGGCAAAACAAAUCCAAGCCAGUCCUCUUCAGACAGAUGAUGGGAAAUUUAAGUAGGGAUUGUGAGAGAAAGUUAGUUUCAUUAGUUGUAAUUUUUGUUUCCCAUAACAGAGGACAUCCCUUGGUCUGGACAUUACUCUUGGACAGGGAUCUUUGUGUUCUCUGCAACAUCAUUUCAUCAAAUUCUGCAGCAAGAACUCCUAGAUCAGAUAACAAGAUGAACAUAUUCUGUUGCUAUGAAAUAUUCUUCAUUUCCAUCCCCUCCCAUUUCCACUGAGUUUAGAUUACCCUAAACUACCCAAGGGAGGAGUAAGAAGUGAAGGCUAGCCUGGUGCAUUAUCUGGAGAACAGCACAGGAUGUGAGGUCAUGGGAGCCAUGCCACUUAGCAUAGCAAAAAAAAAAACCACACACAAAACUUGAAAAUAAUCAUUGCUAAAAAUCUCUCACCUUUUUUUGGUCACCGAGUA